UUCCUGAGAAAAUAUGGCUUACUAUUUUACAUUUUGAAAGCAGAAGCAAAUGGGCAUGAUCUGUAUUACCAUGGUCAAAAUUCUCAAAUUUCUCGUCAUCCUGGUCUCAAUCAUGAUAAAUCAUCCCAAGUCGUUUGUGGAAUCAUGUGAUGCAAGCAAAUUCAUUAAAACAGAGUACAUGGAACUGAAAAACCACACGGUUCAACCUAUUCGAAGAAUUUUUCUUGAGCUGUGUUGGGGGGAGUGCAUGUCGUUGCCAUGGUGCCUGUCAAUCAACUCUCGUAAUAUUUCCGAAAGCGUUUAUGAGUGCGAUCUGAAUAAAUCCAACAAAACAGCGGCUGGUGGACUGGUACCUAAUCCAACUUCAGACUAUUACGAAAUUUCAAAACCUGGCGAGAAGAUCUGCAAGCUUUAUAAUUGUGACAAAAAGCAACAUUCUUCACACAUCGCUCCAGUAACUAUCACUUCAAGCAUCAAGGCCAUCUCAAGUCAACUGCCUUCUUCUAACGCCACAAUGAUAAGCACUCUGGUACCAACAGCGGCGUUGUCUUCUACCUCUACGACCUCCAGAAUCGAGGCCACCUCAAGUCAACUGCCUUCUUCUACCGGCACAAUUACAAGCACUCUGGUACCAACAGCGGCGUUGUCUUCUUCUACCUCUACGACCUCCAGAAUCGAGGCCACCUCAAGUCAACUGCCUUCUUCUACUGCCACAACAACCAAUACACCAACAACAGAACAAGCUGCUUCUUCUUCUACAAGCACCGCGGGCUCAUCUAUAACACCGACAACUCCUCCUACAUCAGAUUGUCAGAUCGAUUUUCCAAGACAGUUAAUUACAGACUAUGUGGAAAUACCAUCAGCACUUGCACAAGAAGUUACAUCGUUCACUCUAAGCUUUUGGUUGAAGCCUUCUUCAUCGUACAAAGAUACUCUUCAGAUCUUUUCUUACUAUGACAAUAAAAGGGACACUGAUAUGUCCCUGGCGAUUAAAGAAGAUGGUGUAGCAGAGAUAAAUGUCGCAGGUGGCGGAGCGUAA